AUGGCACCGUCGCCACCACCACCACAAUUUCAAAAGAUCUAUCCAGUUGCAUUUGGAAUUGUUCCUUGUGAAAAUUGUGAGAGUUGGCAAUGGUUCUUAACCAAUUUGAAGGGUAUUAUUCGUGAAGAUCGUCCACUGACCAUCAUAUCAGAUCGUGGAAUCGGCUUUUUGAAGCAUGUACCUGAAGUUUUCCUAAAUGUUUUCCAUUCUUUCUGUUUGUACCAUAUGAAAGGAAAUAUUCAUGUUCCAAAGGGCAGGAGUAGACAAACUACAGUCAAGUUAUUCAAAGAGUGUUACACUGCAUUAACGAAGGAAAAAAUUUAUGUUGCUGCGAAGAGUAUGAGUAAUCUAAAGUUGGAUUCAGUGGUUGCUUGGAUGAUAAAGAUUCCAUUCGAGAAUUGGGCUGCUCAUGCAUUUCUAGGAGAAAGGUGGGGUGAGAACACAUCUAAUAUUGCUGAAAGUUUUAGCAACGUCAUUAAGCAUGAUAAGCCGCUUCCAGCACUUGAGCUUGUUGAUGUUAUUCGUGCUACGGUAAUGGAGCAGAAUUAUAAGAGGUUAUUGGAGUCUAACAAGUGGACUACAAGGCUUAUUCCUCGUAUGCAAGCAAGGUUCAACAAGAGGAUAAACGACUGCCGUUCAUACAAGUUUCGGAGAUCAAGUGAUAAAGUAUUUGAGAUCAUUUCUCCAAUAGGUAAGCAUACUGUCGACUUGGAUUCUAGAACUUGCAGAUGCAAAUGGUGGCAAAAACAUAGCUUUUCUUGCACUCAUGCAAUGAAAGCAAUGUUGCAGAUUAGAAAAUGA